CAGGACCCCUAGACUGACAGAGCUGGAAACCACGUGGACCUGGACUCAGGGGAAGCACUGCCAUGACGACCAGUCACACACCACAGGACAGGUACAAAGGAGUAUGGCUUAUCUUCUUCAUGCUGGGGCUGGGCACCCUGCUGCCAUGGAAUUUCUUCAUGACUGCCUCCAUGUACUUCAAAAGUUGCCUGGGCCAACCUCAUAAUGAAUCCGGUAUCAUGACAAAGGAAAACAUGGAUGUCCUGGAUCCCACACAAUCCCCAAUGAAGGCCAGUUUCCUGAACUCCAUUUUCAACGUCAUGUCUAUAUGUGCCAUGCUUCCCCUCUUGAUCUUCACCUGUCUCCACUCCAUCCUCUAUCAGAGGAUCACUCAGGCCCUUCCCAUCUUGGGCAGCCUGGUGGCCAUUUUGCUGAUGUUUGCCUUGACAGGCAACCUGGUGAUAGUGCACCUUGACCCCUUGCCCUUCUUCAUUGUCACCAUGGUCAAGAUUGUUAUCAUCAACUCAUUUGGCGCCAUUCUUCAGGGCAGUCUGUUUGGCCUCGCCAGUCUCCUGCCCACCAACUACACAUCUCCCAUCAUGAGUGGCCAGGGCCUGGCAAGAACCUUCACUGCUGUGGCCAUGAUCUGUGCCACCGCCAGUGGUUCUGAACUGGAAAAGAGUGCUUUUGGAUACUUUAUCACUGUUUGCAGAAUCAUUGUCCUCUCUAUCUUAUGUUAUUUGGUCCUGCCCAAACUGAAAUUCUACCAGUAUUAUCAGCAAGUAAAAACAGAAGCUCUUGGGGAGCGAGAAACCAAAAUGGAUUUGAUUAAAAGAGGAAUUUUGCAGAGAGAGAAUCCAAUCAAAAGUGUCCAAGUGGAACAAGGAGUCACCAAGCCCAACCCACAGAACACCAAUGAGAAGCCUUCCAUCAUAGCCAUCCUCAAAGAGAUCUGGGUUCUGGCAUUGUCUGUCUGCUUUGUCUUCACCAUCACCAUGUUCCCUUCUGUAACUGCUGAGGUCAGACAGUCCAUCAUUGCAGGGACCAAUAACUGGAAAAAUUAUUUCACUCCUGUUACCUGCUUCCUUACUUUCAAUAUCUUUGACUGGGCUGGUUGGAGCCUCACUUCUGUAUUCAUGUGGCCCCAAAAUGACAGCCACUACCUACUUCCUGCCCUGGUAUUGUCGAAGAUUGCGUUUGUGCCAUUGCUAUGCAACGUCCAUUCAAGGAAGAACCUGCCUGUGAUCUUCCACCACGAUGCCUGGUUUAUCGUCUUCAUGAUGUUCUUUGCCUUCUCCAAUGGCUACCUCGCCAGUCUCUGCAUGUGUUUUGGCCCCAAGAAAGUGAAAUCUUCUGAGGCAGAGACUGCAGGUUCCAUCAUGGCCUUUUCCCUCUCCCUCAGCCUGGCCUUUGGUGCCUUACUGUCCUUCCUGCUCCGGGCUAGUGUGACGACUCAGAACCUUCCAGCCGACCUCCCUGCCCUGCCUCUCAUCCACUUCUGACCUGUUUUCACUACCCUUGCUGGGAGUGGAGGAGCAGAACCCCUUCUCUGGACACUGGGA